GCGGGCGGGGCGGAAGGAAGCGUUUCCCUGGAGACGGGCGGGCGGAGGGCAGGCCAUGGCGGCGCGGCGCUGAGCGGCGUGCUUUGAAAAGAAGAAAUCACCACUGACAGCAGCAGCUUCCCCUCCAGCCUGGCUAUGCAGUGAAGAUGGAGACUUCUGAUGAGGAAAACUUCACUGUAGCCAUCUCCUCCCCUUCUGACGCUGAGUUUGAUGCAGUCGUUGGGUAUCUGGAGGAUAUUAUUAUGGAUGAUGAUUUCCAGUUAAUACAGAGGACUUUCAUGGAGAAGCACUACCAGGAGUUUGAUGACUCAGAAGAAAACAAGCUCAUCUAUACUUCUAUUUUUAAUGAAUAUAUCUCUUUGGUAGAGAAACACAUCGAAGAGAAACUGCUCGAUCGGAUCCCUGGCUUUGACAUGACAGCUUUCACCCUGUCACUGCAACAGCACAAAGAUGAAAUGGCAGGUGACAUAUUUGAUAUGCUUCUCACUUUCACUGACUUUCUGGCUUUCAAAGAAAUGUUCUUGGAUUACAGAGCUGAAAAAGAAGGUCGAAGCUUGGAUUUAAGCAGUGGGUUGGUGGUGACUUCAUUAAACAAAUCAUCAGUGUCCUCCUCCUAGGACAGCUCUUGCACUGCUCUCCUUCUCCAGCUGGUGCUGCUGCUCUCAUUUGGACAUUAAAGCACUAAAGAUCGUGGGAAUCCAGGUGCUUUUAUGUGAUGGAAACUCCUUCACCCUCCACCUUCAGAGGCCUCACCCUAAAAACACCUGCCUGUAAAAUCUGAUUCUGUUCAGUGAGCACAGAAGAAUAUUCACCUCUCCCAGAGUAAAUGUGUUUCAGAAAUGCCCGUGACAGAGACACCCCCAAACACAAGGAAGCUGACCAAGAAUGAAUAUUUAUUCCAAAUAACCAACCCUCCAAUAAAUACCACAGCUUGGGAUGUCAGCUGGGAAUAUCAAUGCACUACACCCCAAUUGCUUAAGAAUUGCAAAGAUUUUUUGACUAGUCCUAACAUAGAUAAUCAUGACAUGGAUGAUCAUCAUCAUCUCAGACACAAGGGAAGCCCUUCCCCUCAGGCUCCUGGAAUCACUUGCCCAAUCUUUAAGGUCCCUUCCAACUCAAACCAUUCUGUGAUGUAUCUAGGAGAAACACAUUGCUCCCCAAAGAUGAGGUCACUCAAGAAGUUUCCUUGGGUGGUGUCCUGACCUAAGGGGUGGGCAGACUUGCUGCUCCAAGAGAAACCCAACCAGCUUCCUGGCAGGGAGCUCUGUUGUCAUAGACUAAGUCAGCUCUGACCUGUGGUCAUUCAUUCAUUGUUCUACCUGGGUCAAAACACCCCAUUAAUCUGAGACCCUUCAUUGUCAUUGUUCAUUGUCAGAAGGUCCCUCCUGGCAAUCCCCAAACUGCCCAGGAAAUCCAGGUGCCACCCUGUCUGCUGGCAGCACCACAGCCCACCAGAGGGUAGGACCAGAACCUGGUCGGAGCACCCCCCAGUCGGGCCUAACCAAGGUGGGCCCAUCAGGGCUUCUUCUGCCGUUUCCAGAGGGCUCAACAGGCAACACAACAACCCCCAGCACCCAGGGCAGGGACACCAGUGUCUGCCACAAUGCCCAGUGUUUGAACCCCAGCCUGAGAUGACAGUGAAUUUGGGUUCACACCUUCACCAGCUCCCCAGAAUGUACAAUUUUCAGCACCAGGAAGACACUAAAAAUAGUUCUGUCCCUGCAGCUCCUGGAAGGUCAGGUGUGAGUAUGUAACCUCUGAGCUCCUCCCUGUCAGUGUUUUCUUGGUCUGAGUUUUUCAAACUAUUUUAAUAGGAUCUGAAGUGCUGCAAUGUGAGGAUUCUGUUGGGAAUUCUAAUGUAAUUUUUAGAGGGCUGGAGCAACUCUGCUCUGGAGCCAGGCUGGGAGAGUUGGGGUGUUCAGCCUGGAGAAGAGAAGGCUCCAGGGAGACCUUAGAGCACCUUCCAGGGCCUGAAGGGGCUCCAGGAAAGCUGGGGAGGAGCUUGGGACAAGGGCAGGGAGGGAUGGGAUGAGGGAGAUGGAUGAAAACUGGGAGAGGGGAGAUGGAGGUUGGACAUGAGGAGGAAAUUCUUGGCUGUGAGGGUGGUGAGAGCCUGGCCCAGGUUGCCCAGGGAAGCUGUGGCUGCCCCAUCCCUGGCAGUGUUGAAGGGCAGGUUGGAUGGGGCUUGGAGCAACCUGGGCUGGUGGGAGGUGUCCCUGCCCAUGCAGGGGGUUUGGGACUGGAUGAUCUUUAAAGUCCCUUCCCACCCAAACCAGUCUGGGAUUCAAUGAUUCUAUGAUGAUAUGUAGAUGUUCCAGCAUAGGACUCUCAGCUGACAGUUGUGUUGUUGUGUAAAUCCAUCUGCUUUUAUGUGUCACCCUUCAUGUGCAAAGUUCUCUGCUUCCCUUUUGUUCAGCCCCAGCCAUUUUACACUGGGAAAAACAGCCACAAUGACCCAAAUUCUGCCCUAUUUGGGCCAUUUCUUCCUCUCUUUUCAGCACUCCAGCAAAAUGAGCUUGGUGGUGGGUUGGGCACGGACGUGUUUCCCAUGUCAUGUAGCACUCUGGUGGGUUUGCUGCUCCACUGCUGGCAACCUCAGUGCAGGAAUGGAUUUUUCAGAAUCUAGUGAAAACCAGAUGAGUGGUCACUGGUGGAGCUGGAGCAAAACUCCCCAGGGACAGCUCUGGGUGGGUGGAAUUGAACUGGUUUGGAGCUGCAGGGACCCUCUGUUCUAUGGCUGCUCACACACAUUAAUCUGCCGUUUCGUCUCGUGCUUGGGCCAAGUGAGUCUGUCAAGGCCAGAGAGAAGCUCAGGACAGGGAGCAGAACCCCCAUGUGUCCCACAGCAGGGGAGAUGCUCUUCAGCAGUGGUGAAGGUGUCAGCUGGUGGCUGUCACCUGAGGAGAACCUGGCCUAGAGGAAGGAAAAUUGCAGCCAGGCCAUGACAGGUUUUUGUUUGUGGACAAAAUGUGUCUGACAAGAACAAAUGAGAUGAACCCAGUUUCCAGCAGUGGUUUCCACAGGGGCUUUGUUCAAUUGAAAUAGUUUCUGAAUGCUUGUGAGGAGUCCUGGCCAUGCAGGCAAAACAAGCCCUAAAAUAAGCCAUAAUUACACAACAAAAUCCAAGAGGGGUUCCUGGACAGACCAUAAGGGCUUGUUAGAAGCUGCCUGGCUGUGGUGGGUGUCACCUCCUGGCCUUCUGGCUGUAGAUCCCAAACAGGGUGCUGCAGUCAUUCAUCUCAUUAGGGUUCCACAAUGUCAUGCUCAUGGCUCUGCAGUUUUUUGUCUGCUCUUACUCUAGCAUGUUGAAACCUCCCCCAUGAGUGCACAGCCCCAGAGACACCCACACGUCCUUAAAAAACACCACAAAACCAAACAAACUGCUCCUCCAGGAUCUUCUUCAAUCUCUUUCAAUACAUUUCUGCUUGUCAGGUUUUAGUGAUGGAAGCCAGAAGCUAAAGCAAAAUGUAAAUUGCAAUAAAUGUCUGUUUGUUUUCAAAGGG